AUGGGAAGAGCAGCAUCAGCUAUACCUCCUGUAUCAGCGCUGCCAGUGCCAUCUGUGGCAGCAGAAUAUGCCUCUGCUGACGCUGCUCUGGUGCGACUUGUGCCUGUGAACACAAACCCGGUCGUUGCAGUCUUCACGUAUCGUGCUGCCUGCAUUCUGCAGUGGGCCCGCACAUAUGGGUCUGAAAUCAUUCCCAUCAGUCAAUGCUGCAAAGACAGCCCCCAGGGGAAGGUCCGGCCCAUGCGCCACCCGCUCCGGGACCUUCCGAGCCUGCUGGUCAGGCUCGGCGCCAUCCCCAAGCCGCUGGACGAAGGCAGCUUCCCAUUGGAGUGGGAGGAGUGGCCUCGUGGCGAGUCUGCUGUUGUGAAGCUUCCUAAUGACCCUAGUGCAAGAUGCUUCCACCUGGGGAUUGUGGAGGAAGCAAAGGGGGUAGCAGGGGAGCAUGGGGCAGGAGAGAAGGGCGGCGAGAGGUCUUCUGGACAAGGGUCAAAUGCAGGAAGCAAGAUUGGGACCGUGACAGGGCAAGGAGGGGACAAAGGGAGGGGCAAGCAGGAGGAAAGGAGCAGUUGGCGUGGGGAAAAGGAGAGAAUUGGAGGAUUGAGGACGAGAGACGGCGAGGGGUCACUACGCAAGCUGCUCACAACGCUGCUGCCGCUAGUGCAGAGGAAAUUCCCCAUUGUUCUCUGCACUGCCGAUGCCGAGUUUCUGGUGGAGUUUGCUGGGUUUCUGGUCAGGCCACCUGCAUGUGCGCAGUGCAAUGAGUGCCUUGGGGUCUACAGCCGUCCCAUGCCCUUCCUCUUGCUCAUCACUAACUACGCCUACCGACCUGUCACCACCCUUUUCAACCGCUUUGUAUCCAUCUUCCCUCCCCUCUCUCCGGAAUUCGAGCGGCUCGCUGCUCUUAUGGGUGUGGCUCUCGCUGCCAAUGCGCCUGGCUAUCUAAGAUCGCCCGUUCUGCAGGCUCGAGCAGAGCAGUUUCCUGUUCUCUUCCUGCUCACUGUGGCUGUAAAUUGGGCUGCCCCAAUUCUGGGGAUCACGGACCUGAAGUUCCUACACAGGCUGCGAGACGGAAAGGAAGAUGAUGGGAGGGUGUGGGAGGAGGUGCAGAUGUGGUGGCUGGCGGUGGAGUUUGCAUGGCAGGGUGGCAUGAAACUGGAGGCUGACGUAUUGAGAGACAGGUGCAAGGCCAGCAAGGGGCGGGCCAGUUGGGAUGGAAAGGAGGGGGAUGUGCUUGCGAGUGCCAAGGGGCAAGAGUUGUUGAAGCGGGCUGCCACACCCAGGUUCUGUGAAGACAUGCAGGAUGAUAGUGGGCCUUCCGGUGGUGCCAGUGGGAGCAGCAGCCGCAGCGACAACUCAGGGAGAGACAGGAGAAACCAAGGGAGGAGGGAAGAUGAUGGGAUGGGCGAGCCGGCUUAUCUGAAAGCGUGGCCCGGGGGAGUGAAUCUGGUGGCAUGUCUGCGAGAGAUGCUGCUGGGGGAGCCGUGCUACCGCCCUGCCUCCCCUGGUUCCCCUACUACCCCUGCUGCCCCUACCACCCCUGCUGCCUUAGCUGACGCCUCUUCCACCCCUGCUGCAAUGAGCAACCGUGCUCCUGAUAUUCCAGAUGUGCACGACCGAUUAUGCGGUGCUGCAGGAUAUAUUCGCUAG